GUCGCUAUUAAUAGCCAGCACAGCUGGACUUUGUUGAUGCCACGUGGAAGAAGCUUCCUUUCGUUUCUUGUGUUCUUUAUUUGUUCUUCCUCGUGAAGCACAACAAACACAUCAAUCGCAUCCCAUGAUAACUGCAUCUGCUGAACUGCAAAGAGAGACUACAAAAUGGCACUACCUACAACUAUGGAAGAGGACCGAGACGCGUCGCUGAUAUUAAAAGCCAGAAGAGACCUGAUGGCUGCUCAUGAGGGUAGCAUGCUGCAAAGAAGGAGGAAUACGAGAAAUCACUGUGGUUCCACUGACGUUUUUCGCUCGAAUGGGAAUAAUAGACGCUACAGACACAGUAGCAGGUGUCUGUUGGUAGCAUUAUCAAUUGUGGUAGUGUUAUCUACCUCUCCAGUGGCAAAGGCAAAUCCCCAAGAUACCCCCACCACCAUUGGCCAAAAUUCCAGAACGCGUGGGUUUCUAAGCAGAUGGAGGGGUAUCAUCCACAAAGAUCAUUCGCGAACGAAUAGCAACAAUCUGCAACUAUUCCAAGAGCAUGACCCUGAAGAAGAUGGAGACGAAAUUGUUUACGACCACAACUUGCCUUUUCCAAUGGCAGAGGGUGAUGAUACUGCCUUGUCACAACAACAAAGAAGAGAACAAGUGUACGAAAAACCCGCCCUGGCUGCCUUGUUGGCCACGAGUAGUCCACUGUUGCAGUUUUCCAAAAAAGCACUCUGGUGGACAAUCUGUUUUUACGUGGGAAAAACCAUGUGGAAAGCCAUGCAAGAAUUGGCAGAAGAAGUCGUUCAAGACUUGACGUCCACCGGAGACGAUUCGUUAUUUUGUUCGCGACACGAUCUCGAACGGAUUCUCGACGCAAUCAAAGAACAAGACGCUCUCUCGACGACGGUGCCCCGUCGAGAACUCGAAUUGGCUCGCGAUUUGCACUUGGCAGGCCUUCCCCUUCGUCAUAACAAUAAUAAUCAGCAGGAUGGAAGAACUUCGGUAGAAGACUUGUUUCAAGAAUUGACCACCACCGAAGCGUCGAUAUUGCAACAAUGUUUGUGGAGACCACCACCGGCCGUAUUAAGUCAACCGGGGGCACUUUGGGACGACGUCUUGGGACUGGACGGAAUCAAGGAACGACUCCUCAUUAUGGUAGCGUCGUCGAUACAAGCCAUGACGAUGCCUAAUGACAGCCACCAGAAAAAUAUUGUACAACGAACCCAAGAGACCUACGCGUCCUUGUUGUCACCCGGCAUGUCGUCGUCGUCAUCCAGUACUACCAAUCAACAUUACGGUGUCUUGUUCUACGGUCCACCCGGGUGUGGAAAGAGUUUUCUAGUACAGGCGCUGGCGGCCAAGCUACGAGCACCCUGUCUCGUCGUCACGCCGUCGGUAUUGAUGCGAAAGUUUGUGGGGGAUACCAAUCUGCAAGUGCGGGCACUCUUUUCAUUGACCAAAAAACUGUCGCCCUGUAUCUUGGUGCUCGAUGAACUCGAUGGGCUGUUUCGGGAACGGCACGAUCACGAACAGGAUGUCAGUCGAGAACUCAAGACGGAAUUCUUGCAAUGGCUGUCCGGUAUCAUGACCACCAGUAGUAGUAGUGGUGGCAGUGGCACUAAUAGCAGUGAUGAUCGUCGACAACCCUUGAUUGUGGUCGGAGCCACCAAUCGGCCCUUUGAUGUCGACUCGGCCAUCUUGAGACGACUCCCGCAUCGAUAUUACAUUGGUCCGCCCAACUAUGCGGCAAGGUAUCAGAUCAUUGAACGACUCUUGAAAGGCAUUCCACUGGGCGACAAUUUUUGCAUUCACUGUGUGGGGAUCCGAACAGAGGGGUACACGCCCAGCGAUUUACAACAAGUAUUGCAAACGUCUGCCAGGAUGGGUCCUCUACGAGAUGCCAUGAUACAACGACAGCGAGAAUCACGACAGACGGCAGCGGGCCUGCUGGAUCCCUUAUUGACGAAUCUGCCUCCGAAUGGACCCAUUCGAUCCCUCACCAUGCAGGAUGUAAUGAAUGCCUUGGCAUGCGUCCAAGCCUCGCCAUUGUCGCCAAACUAUCGGCACUCGCUGCAGGCAUUUGCCAGGAGAAAUGGCGGUGGAGUUGGUAAUAACCACGAGGGUGUUUACGUUCAAAAGCAUUUUGUACCAGGCAACCCGUGGGGUAUGCAUGUGCUGACAAUGGGGACGCUGCAGUUGCCUUCGCUGGAUGCGGAUGCACGAGAGUCGCCGUCCUACAUUCCUCCUCCAGCGGGGGCUUCGUCGUCUGGGGAGGGCUUUGAGCCUGACCUUAUGGACAGUGGCGACAAUAUGAGUGGCGACGGGGAAGACUUUGACGAUUUUUUGUCAGAGGACGAUGAUUUUGAUGAUGAUGACGACGAAGAAGAAGAAUUUGAGCUGUAG